AUGACUGCCCUCUUCGACAGCCAUGUCCACUUGUCUCCUCACCAUCUGAGGGAAGACGGACAUGUCAUUCCAGAAGUUCUCCCGUCCAAAAUACGACAUGCUGUCAUACCAGUAAGAAAUCGUACCUCACCCGGUCCCGACAAAAUAAAACCAGAACAACUGAAGAACCUCCCGCCAGUACUCAUCAACACCCUGGCGAGGCUCUUUACACGUUAUUUGUCGGAAUGCAAGGUUUCUAAACAGUGGAAGACCAGCAAGACCGUGUUGUUGUAUAAAAAGGGAGAUCCACAUGACAUCGGCAACUGUUGUCCAAUCUGCUUACUGUCUGUCAUCCACAAGCUCUUUACAAGAGUGAUCCUUAAUAGGAUUGGAAAAGUCUUGGAUGAAGGACAGCCAUGCGAGCAAGCAGGGUUUCGAAAAGGAUUCAGCACGAUCGACCAUAUUCACACUGUUUCGAGACUCAUCGAGGUAUCACGAGAGCACAAGAUGCCGCUCUGUCUCACCUUCAUCGACUUGAAGAACGCCUUUGACUCAGUUGAGACGGAAGCGGUCGUGGAAGCCUUGGACAACCAAGGCGUCCCUACUCAGUACAUAAAGGUACUUCGAGAGUUGUACACCACCCUCGAGAACGCAGCGCGAAAGUUGGAAUGGGACUACAUGGGAGUGAAGGUUGAUGGUCAGCAGCUUCAUCAUUUGCGCUUUGCUGAUGACAUCGUUCUGAUAACACCUAGCAUCAGCCAAGCGGAACGAAUGCUGACCGAAUUCGACGAAACAUGCGGAUGCAUCGGUCUUCAGCUGAAUCUAGACAAGACGAUGUUCAUGCGGAACGGAUGGAUCUCGGAUGCCCCAUUCACGCCCAAUGGAACGAACAUAUCCGAAUGCACCAGCUACGUUUAUCUGGGUCGAGAAUUGAACAUGAUGAACGACCUGACCCCCGAGCUGGGCAGGAGCUUGGGGUGCAUACAAGAGCAUCGAGGAUGUAGUGAAGAUGACCAGGAACACCCGGCUUCGUGCUCACUUCUUCAACACCACCGUACUUGCUGCUUUGACCUAUGCUUCGGAAACCUGGGCAUUUCUCAAACAGGAAGAAAACGCGGUGAUCAUCAUUGUACGCGCAAUUGA